AUGGACGAGAACAAGGUUCAACCUCUACAUGUUACAGGAAUACUUUUAUACCGCAUACAACGUCAUAUUGAAUUUUUAUUAUUAAACGACACCUUUUCUAACAAAAGACAUUGGACUGCACCAAAGGGCAGAGUUAUUAGACAAGAAGACGAAGUAAAAUGUGCUCUUCGCAACACAAUCGAAAUCACUGGUCUCUCGGUUAAAGAUAUAAGAAUCGAAGAAGGCUUUAGAGCUGAAAUUACCUAUCUUUCUGAAACGCGACCUAAAAGAGUUGUUUAUUAUCUUGCUCAAGUGACUGAUCAUGACCGUGUCUACAGUAAUGCUGGCGAAGGGCUUAACUUUGCAUGGCUUCAACUUUAUAAUGCUACCGAAAAAGUUCUUUAUAAGAGUAUGCAGGAUGUUAUCAAAAAAGCACACGCAUUUAUUGAGGCCAAUAAACCAUCAAAAAAAUAUGAUUCUUCUACAUUACAACAAUGGUCUAUUAGAAAUGAUAAAAAAAAUAACACUGCUGAUAGGAUAGAGUCAAAUUUGAAGAAUCUAAAUGUGGCUUUACCUUUAGAAUCUCAACGUCAUGCAAUAUCAAGACAAAGGUUCGAACAUGUACGUGAAAAUCGUGGCAACAACAAUAAUGGUGGUCAAAAUAAUAAUUCUGCUAUUUCACAAUUAGACAAUCCUCUCUAUAAAACUCGUUUAUGUGAACGAUUUGAAACUGAAAAAUUUUGUCCGUAUGGACCUAAAUGUACUUUUGCCCAUGGUGCAGGCGAAUUAAGAGAAAGGCUUGUCGUUCCCGUUGAAGAAAAAUCUAGUUUGCCUACAGUAAAGGAUGGACCAGAAAAUCCUUUGUACAAAACUCGUUUAUGUGAAAGAUUCAUGAAAGAGAAUUUUUGUCAAUAUGGUCCUAAAUGUAAUUUUGCUCAUGGUGAACAUGAACUUAAAGAAAAACCUAAUACCACUACUAACAACACUACGACCGUUCAUGGCAAUAAUAAUCAUCCACAACUUCGUCAACCGCGUCAUAACAAUAUGAUGAAUGGAUAUGAUUCAACUAAAAGAAUCGGUCCUUCUAGUCCUGGAUUAAAUAUGGGAUCAGGAUCAGGAGGAUAUCGAUCUGAAAUUCAAAAUGGAAUUUUUGCUAAAAUUAAUACUUUAUCAUCACCAUUAACAUCUACUUCUACUCAAAAUAAUUUAACCAAUAACAAUAGCUCUCAAACAGAAGUUCAACAAGAUUCAGAAGAGUACACUGUUGAGGGUGGUGAUAUCGAGAAAAAGAAAGAUAAUGGUCAAACCAAUAUUUCAAGCGAAACCAAGACUGUAUCAACUGGUGUAGGAUCAGUUAUUGUUACAAACACAAGUACCAAUACUAAUGAAGAUUUUAGAAAUUUAUUUAAACCCAAUAAAAAUGAUUUAGUUGAUGAAAAGCCCUGGAUUGAAGUGGUUGAAUUAACUAAUGUGGAAAUUGAACAAUUGGGAAAAAUUAAAAAAACCGACCAUAAUGUUACAAAUGUUGACAAGAAAUCACAAGAAGAAGUUUUGAUUUCAGAAUUGAAGAAAUUCUUUGUUCAAUCAAAAGAACAAAAUAAAACAAUAUUGGAAGAAAUCAAAGAGGUAACCCUCAUGGAAACAAGAAAAGAUUUAUCCAAAUUACAAUUAUUCAAUAUUUUGCUUCCAAGCUUAUACGAUGACGCUACUUGGGAUGAUAUUAUUAAAGACUUGGAUCUAAAAAAAAAAUUAUUUAAAACAUUCAUUUGUUCUGCGCAAGAUCAAAUUAUAUUUAUUCGAGCUUGGGAAAAAUUUUUAAAUCAACGUAACAAGAAAUGGGUGAAACAAUCACCAAUGUUAUAUAAAACAUUUUAUGAUAAAGAUUAUGUUGAUGAAGAUUCAAUUUACAAAUGGUAUGAAAGCGCAAAAGAUACUAGUGAUGUGAAAAAGAAAUGCAAGGUUUUUGUUGAUUGGCUAAAAAAUGCAGAGGAAGAGGAUUAG